CAGGUUUAGUUUCUAGCCUACUCAAUCCAGGCUUCAACCUUCGAGGAACCCCCUGAUGAUAAUCUUUAUUUGGGAAUAGUGCUUACAGCAGUUGUUGUUAUCACAGGUGUCUUUUCUUACUACCAGGAGUCAAAAUCUUCUAAAAUAAUGGAAUCCUUUGCUAACAUGGUUCCUCAGUAUGCUCUUUGCAUCAGAGAUGGGGAUAAGUUGAAUAUCAAAGCAGAAGAGCUAACAAUGGGAGAUGUUAUCGAGGUCAAGUUUGGGGACAGACUCCCAGCAGAUAUCAGGGUAGUAGAGGCCAGAGGUUUCAAGGUGGAUAACUCAUCUCUAACUGGAGAGUCUGAACCUCAAUCCCGAGGUCCCGAGUACACCCAUGAGAACCCUUUGGAGACCAAAAACCUGGCAUUUUUCUCAACCAACGCGGUUGAAGGAACCUGUAAAGGAAUUGUGGUUAUGGUCGGAGAUAACACCGUGAUGGGGAGGAUUGCAGGAUUAGCCUCGGGACUGGAUACAGGAGACACUCCAAUUGCAAAGGAAAUUGCGCAUUUCAUCCAUUUAAUCACUGGAGUAGCGGUAUUCCUUGGAGUUACAUUCUUCUUCAUUGCAUUUGUUCUAGGAUACCAUUGGUUAGACGCUGUCAUCUUCCUAAUUGGUAUUAUAGUUGCAAAUGUACCAGAAGGAUUACUGGCGACUGUAACUGUAUGUUUAACCCUAACAGCUAAAAGAAUGGCAUCUAAGAACUGUUUAGUGAAGAAUCUUGAAGCUGUAGAAACCCUGGGUUCCACUUCAACCAUCUGCUCAGAUAAAACAGGAACACUGACUCAGAACCGAAUGACCGUGGCUCACAUGUGGUUUGACAACAAGAUCAUUGAAGCAGAUACAACUGAGGACCAGUCAGGAACAACUAUGAACAAGGAGGCGGCAGGAUGGCAAGCUCUGAAAAGAGUUGCUGCUCUCUGUAAUAGAGCCGAGUUUAAGGUUGGACAAGAGAAUGUUCCAAUAUUGAAGAGAGAAGUGAACGGAGAUGCAUCGGAGGCAGCACUGCUGAAAUGUGUAGAACUAUCAGAGGGAAAGGUUCUGGACUACAGAGCAGAGAGGAAGAAGGUCUGCGAGAUUCCUUUCAAUUCAACAAAUAAAUAUCAAGUUUCUAUUCAUGAGUGUUCUGAUGCUGAUGUUCCUGGAUACUUGUUAACAAUGAAAGGAGCUCCUGAGAGAAUACUUGAUCGUUGCUCAACCAUUGUUAUCGAUGGAGUUGAAACUGAGCUUACAGAGGAAUGGAAAACAUUGUUUAACGAGGCCUAUAUGGAGCUAGGGGGACUAGGUGAAAGAGUUUUAGGAUUCUGUGAUUUUAAUUUGGAUAAAGAAAAAUUUCCUGAAGGAUUUCAGUUCAAUCCUGAAGAGGUUAAUUUCCCCCUGGACGGAUUAAGGUUUGUUGGUUUGAUGUCUAUGAUUGACCCACCUAGAGCUGCGGUACCUGAUGCCGUUACAAAAUGUAGGUCGGCAGGAAUAAAAGUUAUCAUGGUAACUGGGGACCAUCCGAUCACUGCUAAGGCCAUCGCUAAGUCGGUUGGUAUCAUUUCCGAAGGAAAUGAAACGGUUGAAGAUAUUGCUGCUCGGCUAAAUAUCCCAAUUGCUGAAGUCAACCCCAGGGAUGCUAAAGCUGCUGUAGUUCAUGGUGGAGAGUUAAAAGAUCUCAGUGAAGACCAGAUUGAUGAGAUCUUGAUUCAUCACACAGAGAUUGUAUUUGCUAGAACUUCUCCUCAGCAGAAGCUGAUCAUAGUUGAGGGUUGUCAGAGAAUGGGAGCUAUUGUUGCAGUUACUGGUGAUGGUGUUAAUGACUCCCCUGCCCUGAAAAAGGCUGAUAUUGGCGUGGCUAUGGGAAUUGCAGGUUCUGACGUCUCUAAACAAGCUGCUGACAUGAUUCUUCUUGAUGAUAAUUUUGCAUCAAUUGUAACAGGGGUUGAGGAGGGCAGGCUGAUCUUUGACAACCUGAAAAAAUCUAUUGCCUACACGUUAACAUCUAAUAUUCCUGAAAUAUCUCCUUUCCUUCUUUUUAUAUUGGCAGAUAUCCCACUACCCCUUGGAACAGUUACAAUCCUGUGUAUUGAUCUGGGAACAGACAUGCUACCAGCUAUAUCAAUGGCCUAUGAAGAAGCUGAAUCUGAUAUUAUGAAAAGACAGCCUAGAAAUCCAUUCACCGACAAAUUGGUCAACGAACGCCUUAUUUCCAUGGCAUAUGGACAGAUUGGCAUGAUUCAGGCGUCUGCCGGCUUCUUUGUAUACUUUGUUAUCUUAGCUGAAAAUGGAUUCCUACCCCAGGACUUGUUUGGAAUUAGAAAACGAUGGGACUCCAAAUCAAUCAAUGAUCUUGAAGACUCCUAUGGCCAGGAGUGGACUUACCAUGAUAGAAAAGUUUUAGAAUUCACUUGCCACACCGCCUUCUUUGUAUCAAUUGUGAUUGUCCAAUGGGCAGAUUUGAUCAUCUGUAAAACAAGAAAGAACUCUGUGUUCACACAAGGAAUGAAGAACAUGAUGCUAAACUUCGGGCUCGUAUUUGAGACUGCACUGGCCGCCUUCCUCUCCUAUACACCAGGGAUGGACAAGGGACUACGGAUGUAUCCUCUCAAGCUGAACUGGUGGUUUCCAGCUCUACCCUUCUCGAUCCUUAUCUUUAUCUACGAUGAGAUAAGAAAGUAUUUGCUCCGACGCUACCCUGGAGGAUGGGUUGAACAGGAAACCUAUUAUUAAUUGAACAAUGUUCAUUUUUAUGAGAUUAUUUCAAGAGUGCAAUCAAUGUCAAUUUAGUACAAUGACCAAUAAAGAGUUUUAAAAUUGA